AUGGCCAACCUUUUUAUCAACCUGCCAAAACCCUGUCACUGGCAGCUGUGCACGGAUGCCCUGCGAGCCAUGCUUGCCGGGGACGAAAGGGCGGCGGGGCGAGAGGCCGCCAAGUGCCGUGAUUUGGCUACGGUUGCGUUUCUGAGCGUGCUGGAGCAGAUGCUGCAGCACAACAUGCCCAGCACCCACGCUCUGGAUGAGCAGCAUGCGCGCUCCCUCGACCGCCUGCUGAACCAGCCGGGGAGGCACACCGCCCUGUACAACGACCUGGGCGUGACCGGCGGUGCGACGCGCGCCGACAUCCGGGCCGCCUUCCGGAAGGGGGCGCUGACCUGGCACCCGGAUGUGAACGCCGCUCCGGAGGCCCCCGCUCGCUUCGCCCGCCUCGCAGAGGCGUACGAGGUGCUGUACGACGAGGAGCUGCGCAGGAGCUACGACCGGGAGGGACCGCGGGGCGUGGAGGCCGCAGGCGCCAUCCCUGUGGGCAGCGUGGUGCAGUACGCCCUCAGCCCCGCAGUCCUCGCGCUGGAGGAGGGGCACAGGAGCUCUGGCAUCGGCCUGUUGGUCGGCAGGAACAUGGACAGGGGGGAUGCCAGCAGGCUGCCGCCGGAGCGGCUGGGUCUGUGUGAGGUGGAGGCCUUCCGCCAGACGGAGGCCGGCAGCUCCUGCUGGUGCCCCGACGACCUGGCCUCGCCCGCCUUCUGCCACCUGGACGACCUGCGCCCCAUCCCCGUCGCCGCCUACGACGCGCGCUUCGAUCGGUGGACCAUCGAGGAGGUGCUGCCAGACGGGUGUGCAGGGCCGGACUUGCCAGAGGAGAUCAUCCUGUGA